AUGGCCACCAAGCCAAACCUCCUGAUAUUCAUGCCCGAUCAACUCCGCUACGACAGCCUCAGCUGCACAAACCCAGCCCACCCAGCCAAAACCCCCAACAUCGAUGCCUUCGCCGCCCGAGGCACUCUCUUCACCAACUGUUUCGUCCAAGCCUCCGUCUGCUCCCAGUCCCGAUGCAGCAUGUUCACCGGCACCUAUCCGCACGUGAGCGGCCACCGCAGUCUAGAUAACCUGAUCAAACCCUGGGAGCGGAAUCUCUUCCGCACAUUGAAGGAAGAUGGAUACCAUGUUGCGUGUCUCGCACCACGCGGAGACACAUUCGCGCCAACCGUGACGGAGAUGAGCGUGGAUGAGUACGGGUUUCUCGAGACGCCGGAAUACGUACCGAAAUUUGGCGGGGCGGGUCGAACCAAAGAUGAGAGUAUCUGGGGGCGGUUAUUCUAUAAAGGACUACGGAAUGCGGAUGAAGCGAGGGACUAUGAUGAUGCUGUAGUGCGGUCUGCGCUGCGAUGGUUGGAUUGUCCGCCCGAUAAGCCGUGGGUGUUGUUCAUGCCGUUGAUCUUCCCACAUUGUCCGUUUCAGGUCGAGGACCCGUAUUUCUCGAUGCAUGACAGAGAGAAGAUGGCUGGGCCGGGGGCGCAUCCGGCGGAGAAGACGGGGUAUGAGCCUCGGUAUAUGAAGGCCAUUAGGGAGGAGUAUGGGACACAUCGUGCGACGGGGGAGAUAUGGCGUGAGAUUCAAGCGACGUAUUAUGGGAUGAUCUCGAGGUUAGAUGAGCAGUUUGGGCAGAUAAUAGCAAAGGUGGAUGCGCAGGGGCUGUGGGAGAGCACGGUGUCCAUGUUCUUCACGGACCAUGGCGAGUAUCUUGGGGAUCAUGGGUUGAUUGAGAAGUGGCCUUCGGGGUUGUCGGAUAGCCUAGUCCAUGAGCCAUUGAUUGUCGCGGGUGGUGGACUUCCUUCUCAGCAGCGAUAUGAUGGGAUGACGGAGAUGGUGGAUCUUGUGCCCACUGUGCUGGAGCUGUGUGGGAUUCCGGAGCAGUUUCCGCAUAACGGGCAGUCGAUGGUGCCUGUCCUGCGGGACCCGAGUCAGAAGCACAAAGACUACGCCUUUUCCGAGGGCGGGUUUCUCCUUUCCGAGGAGCCGUUAUUGGAGCAGGCGCCGUAUCCGUAUGACCUGAAAGCGACGCUGCAGCAUCGGGAUACGGCGCUCGUCGGGAAAGCCAUUAGUGUGCGGAGUCCGGAGUGGACGUUCAUCUAUCGACUGUACGAGCCGGCGGAGCUCUAUGAUCGACGAAACGAUCCGGAGGAGAUGCACAAUCUGGCCAUGGAUCCAAGCAGGGUGCCUAUUGCACGCAUGCUGGAGACUGAGGUGAUGCGGUGGCUUGUUGGGUCAACGGACUUUCUGCCUUGGAAGAAAGAUCCCAGGUUUCCCGAGGUUGAUUUGAAGUCUCCGGCAGAACAGCUGGAGGAACGGUUGCGGCAGCGCGAGGAGAAACCGUAG